ACAUCCCCAUGUCCAAAAAUUUAUUGCAAAUGAAAAAAAAAAUAAUAAAAACCCUUUUUUAGUAGUGACACAGACUGAGAGAAAACUCUGAAGUAUAAAAACAUACCCAUAAAUCAUGGAAAUAAAAAAUAGGACAUCAAUACACACACUAACACACGCUCUAGAACACACACUAUAUCACAUAAAAAUCAUAAGAAAGAAAAAAAAAAAGCAUCAAUAAACAGUAACCUUAAUAACAGCUGAAAAGAAGAAAACAAGAUCCACCUCGAUCACCCCUCCCCUUCUUCCUCCAUACAUAAACCCACUUUCUCUCUCUACCUUCUACCCCUCUCUCUAGAAUUUUCUUGCUAUCUUUCUUGAUUGAGAAACCAGAAUUUCAUCAGUCCCAGAUAAUCAUUUUUUUUUUAAUUUAAUUAUUUUCCCACUCAGUUGGGUUAUAUAUUUCGUUGAUUUCUGUGUAAAAAGAUCUUGAAAUUCUGGAGAAAAGACCAGAUUUUUAUUUUUAUUUUUUUAUGUUUUACUAUUUAUUUAAUUAUUUAUUUCCGAAUUCUGUGUUGAAUAAUAUAAUCCAAAUUGAGGGUGAAGAAAAGGGAAGAAAUUAAAUAAGAAUAUGAGGGAAGAAGAUUCGAGUUGGUUUUCCAAAUGGGAAGAAGAACUUCCGUCGCCGGAGGAAUUGAUGCCCUUAUCCCAAUCCCUAAUCACUCCCGAUCUCGCACUAGCUUUCAACAUUCCCAAUCCCCACCACACGCCGCCGCCGCCGCAGGCGGCGGCGGCAGCGGCGGCGCUUCCGCCGCAAUCGACAGCCAUCUCCUCCCAACCCAACUCCUCCGCUGAGUUCGACUCCCCGGAGAUGAGCGGUGCAGCUGGAGGUGGCGGCGGAGACGAGCCGGCGCGUACGCUCAAGCGCCCCCGCCUGGUGUGGACCCCGCAGCUGCACAAGAGGUUCGUGGACGCCGUGGCCCACUUGGGGAUCAAGAACGCCGUCCCGAAGACAAUAAUGCAGCUGAUGAGCGUUGACGGACUCACCAGAGAAAACGUGGCCAGCCAUUUGCAGAAGUACCGCCUCUACUUAAAGCGGAUGCAGGGCAUCUCCAGCAACGGCGGCGGCGCCAGCAACAGCCCGGCCUCUGGCAUGGACGCAGCCACAGACCAUCUCUUCGCCAGCUCACCCGUCCCGGCCCAUUUCCUCCAUCCGGGCCGGCCCAAUUCCGACCAUUACUUACCCUUCGUCCCCGUUGCCGCCGCGGCGGCAAUGCAGCACCACCACCACCACCAGAUGGCCGUGGUGGGUCCGGCGCCCCACCCCCACCCCCACCACCACCACCCACAGCUCCAACACCAAUUCAGGCAUUUCGGGAAUUCCCCACCCAACGGGCAGUUCGAGCAGCACCCCUUCCUGAGGCAAACGCAGCCGCCGCUGCAGAGGAUGGUGGUGCCGCCAGCGUACGCCGCCACUGAAGAUUUGGAAUCGGCAACUCCCGCAAACGGAAAGAAAGUUCUCACCCUCUUCCCCACCGGCGACGAUUGAACUACUACUACUCCAUUCGGCUAACAAAAUCAUGUGUAUGUUUGGCUUCUCCUUUAGCAUUGUGAAAAUUAAUUAAAAUUCGGUAUUUUUUUUCAAGGUUGUUUCUUGAUUAGUACUAUUCUUAACUACUCUGUUUCUUGAGAUCAUGUCGAACUUAAAUUAGUUUGUCUGUAGUAGAAAACUUAAUUAGUAGUCGUUCCUUACUUAGAUCGAGUCCGAUUGUGUUGUGUCCCCCAAAAUCCGGUAGUUAAUUACCCCGAUUUUUUUCGGGUCCGUAUAAGUGUAAGUAUAUGUGCAAGUAGCAUUGUGCUGUCUCUCUAUAUCAGUUAGUGACUGAUAUUAAACAUGAUGUCACUUAGAGAGGCAAACGGUACUCUUGAAUAUUCUCGGAGGCAGAAAAGAAAAGAAAACGAGAAUCUUGCAAAUGAUCGGAAGUUGGAGAGGGUAAUAAGUUCGUAACUAUCUUCGUUACAAGGGCGGGCGAUGUAGUUUUCGCGGUUCGUGUUUAGUGCUGUAAAUGGUGUCGAAAACAAUAUCGAUUUCUAAUGUUUAUUCUCUUACAUUAAUAUUAUGUUAAUUUGUGGAAGUUUAUUGUUGAAAAUCAAGUGAUUGAGAUGCUACAUUAUAUUGUGAUGAUCCUUUCUUGAAUGUUAUGGUUUUUUUGGUGUGAUU